AGGAAAUGCCAGUGUUUGGAGUGCCGCUGUGCCUGGCCGUCCAGCGCUGCCCGGCACACGAUGGCAUCCAGCUGCCCACCAUUGUCAGGGAGUGCAUUGACCAGAUAGAGGGAGUUGCCGGAGCCAGUGUUGACGUCGGACAUGAUGCCACACUUUGAGGACGUAGCGAUGAUUCCUAACCCCGGGGAGCGCGCCGAGGCCAUGCGCCAGCUGAUCAACCGCCUGCCAACCGCCAACCGCCUGCUGCUCCAAUACAUGUUCAAGCAUAUGGGACACAUCAUUGCAAGGGUGCCUGAGGACGCCUUCCCAUGGACAGCAGCAGGCGACAUCCUCCUGAGGGGCUGCUGUGUGGCGUCCAUCCUCCUUUGUAUAAAGACAAAUACACUUACCUCAACACAACAACUUUUUUUAUAUUCAUAUGUUUUCUGGGAGGGAGAAGGGGGAGAGAGGCAGGAUGGUGUGUGCCUGUGAGGUGAGUGUUGUAUG